GGAAAAUCCAAUUUUGAAAUAAGAAGUACGAAUUAACAAGAAAAAUUCAGGAAAUUUGAUUGGUCGGAGCGGGAGCUUCAAAAUAGUGUUCAGACAACAAGACGCAUUACAAAUAUUGUGGUUUCAAACUGUGUCAAUCUCCGAUCAUGGGAAUUUCUGGCAGUAAAGACAAUGAAGGGGACUUCUGCACCCCUCCUAAGAUUGGAACACAUCGACGCAUAAUUGAUCACGAUCUAGAUCCCCGUUCUCCAUCUACUGCAAUUGCCAGGACACCUAUAGUAGUGGACAAGACACCUGAAGGAAUGCUGGAUCCCCGGUCACCCACAGUGGGAAUCUCCAGGACACCAAUUACUUCACUGUCUGGUAACCAUGCAGGUGUAACAAAUGACCAGGCACCGUUAAUGUUGCACGAUGAAACAGACCUCACAAAAAUCGAUGAUGAGACGGAAGACACAGAUAAACUACUGGAGGAUCUGGAGGCCCUACAGGACCUGAAUAAGCUCGAAAUAACAGAUCUGUUGGAGAAACAGAAGAAAGUUAAUAAAGCCCUCACCAGUACAGCCGUGAAAGAUGUUCCCUCCAGUAAACUGCCUGCAAGUAGAGAAACUAAAAAUAAGAUAUUUGAAGAUGCUCCUUCAAGAGUUUCAAAAGGACCUGCUAAAAAUCCCCAACCCAAGCAAUUAUUUCCAAGCAAGAGAUUGGUGUCUGGCAACAAAGACAAUACUCGAUCCCCCUUGGCAACCAGAACCCUGGACAUGAACUCUCCACGAAUUCUUGUUCAACAGAAACAAUCUAAAAACUUUGAAUCCCAGAAAGCAAAGAGCUGUGCAUUGGAGGCAGUUUCUAGGAGGAUGAACAAGGAGAAUGUAAAUAUGUGAAUAUGUGAACAAUCACACAUACCAAUGAAGUAUAGGGCUUCCUGUUCUUCUUAUUCAGAAUCAGGGCAGAUAUUCAUUACUGGUAUUUCUGUCCAAUGUUCAUCAGCAUCGUCUGUUACUAAUGAGUUCUGGGUGUAGAUUGUGGCAAGGAAUAUGGUACAAGAAAAGUCACAAAGUUCACCAAAUGUACACAACAAACAUGCCUAUUGAUAUUAUUGAAUGUGUAAUCAGUGGUGUAUCUAAAAUAGUGUAUCUGAUAUUUGUGCCAUAUGUGUAUCUGCUGUAUGAUCUUUACAUUCCUAUAUCAUACUUGUACAUGUCAGAGUGAAAGAAUGAUAAAAUUUCUAUGAACUGAGGCAUAUAAAACAUCCGAAAUUUAAAAUGUGGACUUCCAAAACAUGAAUAUUUGUAUAAUAUAUUUUUCACAAAUAUUUACAUCAUUUUAGGUUCAGUUGUGUGGAGAACAUUGAUGUAUGCACAUGUAUUUUUUUUUAAAUCAUGAACGUGUGACCACUGAUGCAAAAAGCAGCUACGCAUUCUGUCAAAAAAAAAUUUAUUUUUAUACUUGUUAGUGUUAUGUAAUUGUAGAUAAGUGUAAACAGACUGUGUAGCAAAAAUAUUUUAGCAUUAUUUAUAUAUUAUAAACAACACUGUAUUAAACUAGGCACUACACUAUAUAAUAGUAAGUUUGUAUUCUAGUCUUACAUAGCAUACCUCCUACACAUUUCCUCAGAUUGUGGUUCUUCCUUGUUCAUUUAAUUUUUGUAUGUUUCACUAAAUUGAUUUUUAUAAAAAAAGAUUUUCAGGCAGAGAUGUUGAAUUAAAAAAAAUAUUUUCAAUAUGUUUUCUUUAAAUUCAGCUUGAAUGUAAAUUUUUAUAGAUUAUCAUUGUAAAAUAAAAUGUAAAUAAAAGUUAAAG